AUGGCUGCAGACCUGCAAGCGAAAUACACCAAAUUGGCCCAGGAGUAUUCAAAGGUAAGCAGUUCUUUGUUGCUCUAUCUUUAGCCACAAUUCUUGGCUAUUUAAUCCGAUUGCUGAUUCAUUCUAACUAGCUGCAAUGGAUUGCAAGGUACUCUACAUGACCAAAAGUAUGUGGACACCUGCUCGUCGAACAUCUCAUUCCAAAAUCAUGGGCAUUAAUAUGGAGUUGGUCCCCCCCUUUGCUGCUAUAACAGCCUCCACUCUUCUGGGAAGGCUUUCCACUAGAUGUUGGAACAUUGCUGCGGGGACUUGCUUCCAUUCGGCCACAAGAGCAUUAGUGUGGUCGGGCACUGAUGUUGGGUGAUUAGGCCUGCUUGGCAGUCGGCGUUCCAAUUCAUCCCAAAGGUGUUUGAUGGGGUUGAGGUCAGGGCUCUGUGCAGGCCAGUCAAGUUCUUCCACACCAAUCUCGAAAAAAACUAUUUAUUUAUGGACCUCGCUUUGUGCACAGGGGCAUUGUCAUGCUGAAACAAGAAAGGGCCUUCCCCAAACUGUUGCCACAAAGUUGAAAGCACAGAACCGUCUAGAAUGUCAUUGUAUGCAGUAGCGUUUAGAUUUCCCUUCACUGCAACUAAGGGGCCUAGCCCGUACCAUGAAAAACAGCCCCAGACCAUUAUUCCUCCUCCACCAAAGAACGGCAAACUUUACACCACUCCAGCCGACCCUUGGCAUUGUGUGUGGUGAUCUUAAGCUUGUCUGCGGCUGCUCAGCCAUGGAAACCCAUUUCAUGAAGCUCCCGACGAACAGUUAUUGUGCUGACGUUGCUUCCAGAGGCAGUUUGGAACUCGGUACUGAGUGUUGCAACAUAGGACAGACCAUUUUUACGCGCUGCGUGCUUCAGCAUUCGGCGGUCCUGUUCUGUGAGCUUAUUUGGCCUACCACUAAGUGGCUGAGCCAUUGUUGCGCCUAGAUGUUUCCAUUUCACUAAACAUCACUUACAGUUGACCGGGACAGCUCUAGCAGGGCAGACAUUUUACAAACUUGUUGAAAAGGUGGCAUCCUAUGAUGGUACCACGUUGAAAGUCAUUGAGCUCUUCUACUGCCAAUGUUUGUCUAUAGAGAUAGCAUGGCUGUGUGCUCGAUUUUAUACACCUGUCAACAACGGGUGUGGCUGAAAUAACCGAAUCCACUAAUUUGAAGGGGUGUCCACAAACUUUUGUGUGUGUAUAUACACUACCGGUGAAAAGUUUUAGAACACCUACUCAUUCAAGGGUUUUUCUUUAAUUUUACUAUUUUCUACAUUGUAGAAUAAUAGUGAUGACAUCAAAACUAUGAAAUAACACAUAUGGAAUCAUGUAGUAACCAAAAAAGUGUUAAACAAAUCAAAAUAUAUUUUAGAUUUUAGAUUCUUCAAAUAGCCACCCUUUGCCUUGAUGACAGCUUUGCACACUCUUGGCAUUCUCUCAACCAGCUUCAUGAGGUAGUCACCUGGAAUGCAUUUCAAUUAACAGGUGUCCCGCCUUAAAAGUUAAUUUGUAGAAUUUCUUUCCUUAAUGCGUUUGAGCCAAUCAGUUUUUUUAUGACAAGGUAGGGUUGGUAUACAGACGAUAGCCCUAUUUGGUAAAAGACCAAGUCCAUAUUAUGGCAAGAACAGCUCAAAUAAGCAAAGAGAAACGACAGUCCAUCAUAACUUUAAGACAUGAAGGUCAGUCUAUACGAAACAUUUCAAUAACUUUGAAAGUUUCUUCAAGUGCAGUCUCAGAAACCAUCAAGCGCUAUGAUGAAACUGGCUCAACAUCAACUGUUCAGAGGAGACUGUGUGAAUCAGGCCUUCAUGGUCGAAUUGCUGUAAAGAAACCACUACUAAAGGACACCAAUAAGAAGAAGAGACUUGCUUGGGCCAAGAAACACGAGCAAUGGACAUUAGACCGGUGGAAAUGUGUCCUUUGGUCUGGAGUCCAAAUGGGAGAUUUUUGGUUCCAACCGCCGUGUCUUUGUGAGAUGCAGUGUGGGUGAAUGGAUGAUCUCCGCAUGUGUAUUUCCCACCGUAAAGCAUGGAGGGAGGGCGUGUUAUGGUGUGGGGGUGCUUUGCUGUUGACACUCUGUGAUUUAUUUAGAAUUCAAGGCACACUUAACCAGCAUGGCUACCUCAGCAUUCUGCAGCGAUACGCCAUCCCAUCUGGUUUGGGCUUAGUGGGACUAUCAUUUGUUUUUCAACAGGACAAUGACCCAAUACACCUCCAGGCUGUGUAAAGGCUAUUUUACCAAGAAGGAGAGUGAUGGAGUGCUGCAUCAGAUGACCUGGCCUCCAAUCCCUGACCUCAAUCAAAUUGAGAUGGUUUGGGAUGAGUCGGACGGCAGAGUGAAGGAAAAGCAGCCAACAAGUGCUCAGCAUAUGUGGGAACUCCUUCAAGACUGUUGGAAAACCAUUCCAGGUGAAGCUGGUUGAGAGAAUGCCAAGAGUGUGCAAAGCUGUCAUCAUGGCAAAGGGUGGCUAUUUGAAGAAUCUCAAAUAUAAAAUAUAUUUUGAUUUAUUGAAUUUUUUGGUUACUACAUGAUUCCAAAUGUGUUAUUUCAUAGUUUUGAUGUCAUCACUAUUAUUCUACAAUGUAGAAAAUAGUAAAAUUUUAAAGAAAAACCCUUGAAUGAGUAGGUGUUCUAAAACUUUUGACCGGUUGUGUAUAUUGUAGCUAUUAUAACUAGCUAGGUAGCUAAUGUUAGUUGACCUAAAAACUAAAAGGUACUAGUCAAAGUAUCUAGUUACGUAGCUCAAUCUGUUUCCAAUCAAGUUCCUUUUCAGGGUGUCACUACUCACUAGUGUGUCAAUCUCCUGGGUGUAUUGUCAGGUAUAGAGAGAGCAUCCCAUUAAUAGGUUGAUUGGUGUUUGUGAUAAUCAAAGACAAUAUUUGGUGAUUUCUUUACUGCACUGUUUACUAUGAACGUGAACUGUGUACAGCAAAGGAUGUAGCAAACUGCUGUCAGUCAAUCAAAGCAACCUCAUAGCUAACGUUAUUUUGGAUGGUUUCUUCACUCUUUGAUUUAGCCUAGGUCACUGCAUGAUAUGUCAGCUGACACUCACAAUGUGUGUCAGUCUUUUAUGACAGAGGGAGGAGGGGAGGCCAGGACAGAAGCCACCCUUCUCUAAACAACACAAUGUUACACAGCCUGAGUAAAACAUGGGCAGCCAUGUUCUUCAAACCUGCUGUCAUGUGUUAGGUAGAAAAUGGAUUGGUAGCCAUGUCAAUAGUACCCAUCCUAAAAGCCCUUUGUAGGCAUUAUUAAAAUAAAUGUCAGUUAAAGACAGACUAGCUUUGGUUAAUAUAAAAACCAUCCUCCUGACCCACACUGUGUCAGUUGACAGGCAGCGAAGAGAAUGCAUGGUGUUUCCUGUCUGACUGUUGUAAAAUCACAGCCCCCCACUGGCCAAUAUCCUGUUCAUUGUAUUUUCCCAUAUAAUAUGUGGUGUGUAGUUGCCCAAUAAGCAGCAACAUUCACCCAACCUUAAGAAAUGUUAGUGCAGUCAUGCAUUGCAGUGGAGGUCUAUUGUUAAAUCAUCAAAUAUGGAUGUCUCACACAAAAUAAAUCCAUAAAAUAGCUAUGUUGCUUUGCUUAGAAGCCAAAUGCCUAGGCUAUACUGUAAAAUUGGCCAGUUUGGUCUUCAGAGCUAGUGUGUGUGUCUACAGCAGACCUACGUCUCAGUGUCUACUCCCAUGUCUCCAUAGCUCCGGGCCCAGAACCAGGUCUUGAAGAAAGGCGUGGUAGAUGAGCAGGCCAGCUCCACCUCUCUAAAGGUACAGAACCAUUCAGAGCCCUCUGGAAUAGGGUUGCAAAAUUCCAAUUUCCAAUCCUGGUUGGAAGAAAUAAGCAGGAAGGGAGUUCUCCAACCAGGAUUUCUGAAAAACCUAGGAAUUUGGGGUAAUUUACUUGAAAGUCACUGAGUGUCUUCUCCUCCACCCCGACAUUACAGGAUCAGGUGAAGCAGCGAGAACAGAGCCUGAGGAAGGUGGAGCAGGAGAUGGAUAGUCUCACCUUCAGGAACCAGCAGCUGGCUAAGAGAGUAGAGCUGCUGCAAGAGGAGCUGGCUGCUAGUGAGGCCAAGGGCAAGAAGAGCAAGGUAGAGACAUACUUGAGUAAAAGUAAAGAUACUUCAGUAAUUUCCUAAUAAUGUAUAAGUCACACAGUAAAAUACUACUUGAGUAAAAGUAUUUGGAUAUAUAUAUAUAUAUAUAUAUAUACACACACAGUGGGGAAAAAAAGUAUUUAGUCAGCCACCAAUUGUGCAAGUUCUCCCACUUAAAAAGAUGAGAGGCCUGUAAUUUUCAUCAUAGGUACACGUCAACUAUGACAGACAAAAUGAGAAAAAAAAUCCAGAAAAUCACAUUGUAGGAUUUUUUAUGAAUUUAUAUGCAAAUUAUGGUGGAAAAUAAGUAUUUGGUCAAUAACAAAAGUUUCUCAAUACUUUGUUAUAUACCCUUUGUUGGCAAUGACACAGGUCAAACGUUUUCUGUAAGUCUUCACAAGGUUUUCACACACUGUUGCUGGUAUUUUGGCCCAUUCCUCCAUGCAGAUCUCCUCUAGAGCAGUGAUGUUUUGGGGCUGUCGCUGGGCAACAAGGACUUUCAACUCCCUCCAAAGAUUUUCUAUGGGGUUGAGAUCUGGAGACUGGCUAGGCCACUCCAGGACCUUGAAAUGCUUCUUACGAAGCCACUCCUUCGUUACCCGGGCGGUGUGUUUGGGAUCAUUGUCAUGCUGAAAGACCCAGCCACGUUUCAUCUUCAAUGCCCUUGCUGAUGGAAGGAGGUUUUCACUCAAAAUCUCACGAUACAUGGCCCCAUUCAUUCUUUCCUUUACACGGAUCAGUCGUCCUGGUCCCUUUGCAGAAAAACAGCCCCAAAGCAUGAUGUUUCCACCCCCAUGCUUCACAGUAGGUAUGGUGUUCUUUGGAUGCAACUCAGCAUUCUUUGUCAUCCAAACACGACGAGUUGAGUUUUUACAAAAAAAAUCUAAUUUGGUUUCAUCUGACCAUAUGACGUUCUCCCAAUCCUCUUCUGGAUCAUCCAAAUGCACUCUAGCAAACUUCAGACGGGCCUGGACAUGUACUGGCUUAAGCAGGGGGACACGUCUUGCACUGCAGGAUUUGAGUCCCUGGCGGCGUAGUGUGUUACUGAUGGUAGGCUUUGUUACUUUGGUCCCAGCUCUCUGCAGGUCAUUCACUAGGUCCCCCCGUGUGGUUCUGGGAUUUUUGCUCACCGUUCUUGUGAUCAUUUUGACCCCACGGGGUGAGCCCCAGAUCGAGGGAUAUUAUCAGUGGUCUUGUAUGUCUUCCAUUUCCAAAUAAUUGCUCCCACAGUUGAUUUCUUAAAACCAAGCUGCUUACCUAUUGCAGAUUCAGUCUUCCCAGCCUGGUGCAGGUCUACAAUUUUGUUUCUGGUGUCCUUUGACAGCUCUUUGGUCUUGGCCAUAGUGGAGUUUGGAGUGUGACUGUUUGAGGUUGUGGACAGGUGUCUUUUUAUACUGAUAACAAGUUCAAACAGGUGCCAUUAAUACAGGUAACGAGUGGAGGACAGAGGAGGCUCUUAAAGAAGUUGUUACAGGUCUGUGAGAACUAGAAAUCUUGCUUGUUUGUAGGUGACCAAAUACUUAUUUUCCACCAUAAUUUGCAAAUAAAUUCAUAAAAAAUCCUACAAUGUGAUUUUCUGGAUUUCUUUUCCUCAUUUUGUCUGUCAUAGUUGACGUGUACCUAUGAUGAAAAUUACAGGCCUCUCAUCUUUUUAAGUGGGAGAAGUUGCACAAUUGGUGGCUGACUAAAUACUUUUUUCCCCCCCCACUGUAUAUAUAUAUAUAUAUAUAUAUAUAUAAUGUAAUUGCUAAAAUAUACUUAAGUAUAAAAAAUGGCAAAUUCCUUAUAUAAAGCAAACCAGACGCCAUCAUAUGUUUUAUUUACGGCUAGCCAGGGGCAUGCUCCAACACUCAGACAUCAUUUACAAACAAAGCAUGUGUUUAGUGAGUCUGCCAGAUCAGGGGCCGUAGGGAUGACCAGGAAUGUUCUCUUGAUAAGUGUGUGAAUUAGGCAAUUUUCCUGUCCUACUAAGCAUUCAAAAUUUAACGAGUACUUUUGGGUGUAAGGGAAAACGUAUGGAGUAAAAAGUACAAAAUCUUCUUUAGGAAUGUAGUGAAGUCAAAGUAAAAGUUGUCAAAAAUAUAAAUAGUAAAGUACAGAUACCCAAAAAAACUAGUAGUAAGUAGUACUUUCAAGUAUUUUUACUUAAGUACUUUACACCACUGCUCAUCACAUCACAUAAUGAGUAGUAAUUUGGGAUGCAAGGUGAUUUGUCGAUCAGAGAUUCUGUGCAGUCCGACUGCAAUGUAGUCGAUCUCAGACACUUUCUCUUCACCAGAACAAAGGGGACUCCCCCUCACGGCAGGGUUCGCAGCAAACCCAGAGUGUGUUUGAUGAGGACCUGCAGAAGAAGAUCCAGGAGAACGAGAGGCUUCACAUCCAGGUAUGUCGGUCUCUGAGACAUGGGAGUUAUCUGUAUGGGUGAGUGUGUACCAAGAGACUACUGGCUUGAAUAUGUGCACAUCAUCAUGUAUUUUACCAGUUGUUUUUGUGUUCUGGAAUGUGUGUCUGAGGAUGAUGUUUUUAGAAUUCUUGUAAGGUGAUGCCCAAAGAAAUGUUGAAUCCUUGGUUGGACAAUGAAGUUAUAUUAUUUUCUAUUCUAUGUUCUACUCUAAGUUCUAUGAGGCUGAUGAGCAGCACAGGCAGCAGGAGGCUCAGCUGAAGGGCCGGUUGGAGGAGCUGGAGAUAGACCAUGAACAACACCAGGCCAGAGUUGACGGACUUGCCUCCAAAUACAUGGACACUAUCGAGAGACUGCAGAGUGACAAGGCCAGACUAGAGGUGAGAGAGGGGGAUGACGGGAGGGAGGGAGGGAGGGAGGGAGGGAGGGAGGGAGGGGGGAGGAGAGAGUAGUGGACGUCUCACCAACAAAUACAUGGACACCAUUGAAAGACUGACAAGGUCCGAGUUGAGAUUGAGGGAGGGGGAGGGAAGGAAGGAGGAUGAGAGAGUAAGAAAGCGACUGAACAAAGGCAAAACUCAUGCUUUUGUUAUUGCUGAUGAUACAACAGUAAUACAUGAUGCUAUUUGUGAAUACAUGAUGCUACAGGUGAAAUCCCAGACUCUGGAGAGGGAAGCUAAAGACUGCAGAGUUCGGACAGAGGAAUGGUAAGUAACUUGUUUUAAUCUACACAUGUACCGGUUAGAUACACACAUGCUAUAUACACUGAGUGUACAAAACAUUAGGAACACCUUCCAAAUAUUGAGUUGCACCCCCUUCUGCCCUCAGAACAGCCUCAAUUCGUCGGGCAUGGACUCUACAAGGUGUCGAAAGCAUUCCACAGGGAUGCUGGCCCAUGUUGACCUCUUUGUGAGGCAUUGGAAAACCUCCCUGGUCUUUGUGGUUGAAGCUGUGUUUGAAAUUCACUGCCAGAUUGAGGGACCUUACAGAUAAUUGUAUGUGUGGGGUAAAGAGCGGUAGUCAUUCAAAAAUCAUGUUAAACACUAUUAUUGCGCACAGAGUGAGACCAUGCAAAGUAUGUGACUUGUUAAGCACAUUUUUUACUCCUGAACGUAUUUUAGGCUUGCCAUAACAAAGGGGUUGAAUACUUUUUGACUCAAGACAUUUCAGCUUUUCAUUUUUAAUUAAUUUGUGAACAUUUCGACUUUGGAAAUUCUAGUUUGACAUUAUGGGGUAUUGUGUGUAGGCCAGUGACAAAUCAAAAUGUAAUCCAUUUUAAAUUCAGGCUGUAACACAACAAAAUGUGGAAAAAGUCAUUGGUGUGAAUACUUUCUGAAGGCACUGUAGAUAAUCUUUGAUUAACAUCAGCCUACUGUCGUCACCUAGUGAGUUACACUGAGUGUAAAAAAAACAUUAGGAACACUUUCCUUAUAUUGAGUUGCACCCCCCUCCCCUCCCCUUUUUUCCCUAAGAACAGCCUCAAUUCGUCGGGGGAUGGAUUCUACAAGGUGUCGAAAGCAUUCCACAGGGAUGCUGGCCCAUGUUGACUCCAACGCUUCCCACAGUUGUCAAGUUGGCUGGAUGUCCUUUGGGUGGUGGACCAUUCUUUAUACACACGGGAAACUGUUGAGCGUGAAAAACCCAGCAGCAUUGCAGUUCUUGACACACUCAAACCGGUGCGCCUGGCACCUACAACCAUACCCCGUUCAAAUGCACUUUAAUAUUUUAUCCUCUAAAUGGCACACAUACACAAUCCAUGUCUCAAUUGUCUCAAGGCUUAAAAAUCCUUAUUUAACCUGUCUUCACCCCUUCAUCUACACUGAUUUGAAGUGGAUUUAACAGUUGACAUCAAUAAGGGAUCAUAGCUUUCACCUGGAUGCACAUGCUCAGUCUGUCAUGGAAAGAGCAGGUGAUCCUAAUGUUUUGUACACUCAGUGUAGAUGGAGAAUGAUUGUAUGUAUGUGGUAGAUGGCUUGUGGUUAACAUGAAGGAAUAAUGAGGGUUGUUAUAAUGCAUAUGUGGAUAGGGAGGUAUUUAUUAUGGUCACUGAGUGGUCAUUUACUAUCUCCUCACUCCUCUACCCUCUCUCUCUCAUCAUCCCUCUCUCUCUCCAUCAUCCCUCUCUCUCCAGUCAGCAGCAGUUGAGGAAGUGUCAGUCAGAGCUCAACAGACAGGUGAAAAAGAGCAGUAGUGUCAUCCAGGAGAAAGUGCCCUUCAACGACACCAGUGAGUACUAGUUCACUAUGCAACAUUUCACGGUUUCCGGAUCGUGUUAAUUAGAAAGAAAACAGACUGAAAGAGUGAUGGACUACCUGGAUUUGUCAAAUAAGAACUGCUCAGACAAGACACCCACAUAUGUACACUACCAGUCAAAAGUUUUAGAACACCUACUCAUUCAAGGGUUUUUCUUUAUUUUUACUAUUUUCUACAUUGUAGAAUAAUAGUGAAGACAUCAAAACAAUGAACUAACACAUAUGGAAUCAUGUAGUAACCAAAACGGUGUUAAACAAAUCAAAAUAUAUGUUAUAUUUGAGAUUCUUCAAAUAGCCACCCUUUGCCUUGAUGACAGCUUUGCACACUCUUGGCAUUCUCUCAACCAGCUUCAUGAGGUAGUCACUUGGAAUGCAUUUCAAUUAACAGGUGUGCCGCCUUAAAAGUUAAUUUGUAGAAUUUCUUUCCUUAAUGCGUUUGAGCCAAUCAGUUGUUUUGUGACAAGGUAGGGUGGGUAUACAGAAGAUAGCCCUAUUUGGUAAAAGGCCAAGUCCAUAUUAUGGCAAGAACAGCUCAAAUAAGCAAAGAGAAAUGACAGUCCAUUACUUUAAGACAUGAAGGUCAGUCUAUACGAAACAUUUCAAUAACUUUGAAAGUUUCUUCAAGUGCAGUCGCAAAAACCAUCAAGCGCUAUGAUAACUGGCUUUCAUGAGGACCGUCACAGAAAUGAACGACUCAGUUACCUCUGCUGCAGAGGAUAAGUUCAUUAGAGUUACCAGCCUCAGAAAUUGCAGCCCAAAUAAAUGCUUCAUAGAGUUAAAGUAACACACAUCUCAACAUCCUGUUCAGAGGAGACUCUGUGAAUCAGCCCUUCAUGGUCGAAUUGCUGCAUGGAAACCACUACUAAAGGACACCAAUAAGAAGAAGAGACUUGCUUGGGCCAAGAAACACGAGCAAUGGACAUUAGACCAGUGGAAAUUUGUCCUUUGGUCUGGAGUCCAAAUUGGAGAUUGUUGGUUCCAACCGCCGUGUCUUUGUGAGACGCGGUGUGGGUGAACUGAUGAUCUCCGCAUGUGUAUUUCCCACCGUAAAGCAUGGAGGGAGGAGGUGUUAUGGUGUGGGGGUGCUUUGCUGGUGACACUGUGAUUUAUUUAGAAUUCAAGGCACACUUAACCAGCAUGGCUACCACAGCAUUCUGCAGCGACGCGCCAUCCCAUCUGGUUUGGGCUUAGUGGGACUAUCAUUUGUUUUUCAACAGUACAAUGACCCUACUCCAGGCUGUGUAAGGGCUAUUUUACCAAGAAGGAAAGUGAUGGAGUGCUGCAUCAGAUGACCUGGCCUCCACAAUCCACCAACCUCAGCCAAAUUGAGAUGGUUUGGGAUGAGUCGGACGGCAGAGUGAAGGAAAAGCAGCCAACAAGUGCUCAGCAUAUGUGUGGGAACUCAAGACUGUUGGAAAAGCAUUUCAGGUGAAGCUGGUUGAGAGAAUGCCAAGAGUGUGCAAAGCUGUCAUCAAGGCAAAGGGUGGCACUGCGCCUCCCGAGUGGCGCAGUGGUCUAAGGCACUGCAUCGCAGUGCUAGCUGUGCCACUAGAGAUCCUGGUUCGAAUCCAGGCUCUGUCGUAGCCGGCCGCUACCGGGAGACCCAUGGGGCGGUGCACAAUUGGCCCAGCGUCGUCCAGGGUAGGGGAGGGAAUGGCUGGCAGGGAUGUAGCUCAGUUGGUAGAGCAUGGCGUUUGCAACGCCAGGGUUGUGGGUUCGAUUCCCACGUGGGGCCAGUAUGAAAAAUAAAAAAAGAAUGUAUGCACUCUGGAUAAGAGCGUCUGCUAAAUGACAAAAAAAAAAAUAUAUAUAUAUUUGAAGAAUCUCAAAUAUAAAAUAUAUUUUGAUUUGUUUAAUACUUUUUUGGUUACUACAUGAUUCCAUAUGUGUUAUUUCAUAGUUUUGAUGUCUUAACUAUUAUUCUGCAAUGUAGAAAAUAGUAAAAAUAAAGAAAAACCCUUGAAUGAGUAGGUGUGUCCAAACUUUUGACCGGUAGUGUAUCUGUAUGCACUACUAACUACUAAUGAUAUUGAAUUAUGUAUUUUUGCAAAUAAUGCUGUAUAAUACUAAACAUAUCUCGCUGAUGCUGUAAGAGGCAAACUGAAGCACUGUGUAAUGUGUCAUGACACUAGAGCCCUGUUCUUCUCUCUGCUCACUUAGUACUCACAAAAGUGCCUUUCUUAGAUGGUUUUCAUGCUAUAUGAAGGACAGAGCUAUGACAUGCCAUCAUUCCGCGCAUUAAAGAAAUAGUGCAACAUUUUGGCAAUUAAGCACCCUUUUUUACUUACCCAGAGUAAGAUGAACUCAUGGAUACCAUUUGUAUGUCUCUGUGUGCGGUUUGAAGUUGAAGGUAGUUUCGCGAGCCAUUGCUCGCAACCUCUACUUUUAAUUUCCCUCCCCUUUACUCCAGAAUUCAGUGACUACAACAGUCUCAACGUUCCACCACACAACAGAAGACACCAGGUGAGAGGAAACCCUAUAGCAGGGAUCAUCAACUAGAUUCAGCCGCUGACUAUUUUGUUCUUGAGUGGAUGGUCAGGGGGCCAGAACAUAAUUACAAAUAAUUUGCAAAUUGACAGCAAGAAGCCGAAACUGAUAUAAUGUAAAAAAUAAAUAUAAUAAUAAUCAUUUCAAACCUUGCUUACUAUUAUUCUACAAUGUAAAAAAUAGUAAAAAUAAAGAAAAACCCUUGAAUGAGUAGGUGUCUCCAAACUGUCUCCAAACUGUAUAUAUACACACUACCAGUCAAAAGUUUGGGGACACCUACUCAUUCAAGGGUUUUUCUUUAUUUUUACUAUUUUUUACAUUGUAGAAUAAUAGUGAAGACCUCACAACAAUGAAAUAAAACAUGGAAUCAUGUAGUAAACAAAGUGUUAAACAAAUCAAGUAUAUUUGAGAAUGUUCAAAUAGCCACCCUUUGCCUUGAUGACAGCUUUGCACACUCUUGGCAUUCUCUCAACCAGCUUCACCUGGAAUGCUUUUCCAACAGUCUUGAAGGAGUUCCCACAUAUGCUGAGCACUUGUUGGCUGCUUUUCCUUCAUUCUGCGGUUCGACUCAUCCCAAACCAUCUCCAUUGGGUUGAGGUUUGGGGAUUGUGGAGGCCAGGUCAUCUGAUGCAGCACUCCAUCACUCUCCUUCUUGGUAAAAUAGCCCUUACACAGCCUGGAGGUGUGUUGGGUCAUUGUCUUGUUGAAAAACAAAUGGUAGUCCCACUAAACCCAAACCAGAUGGGAUGGUGUAUUGCUGUAGAAUGCUGUGGUAGCCAUGCUGGUUAAGUGUGCCUUGAAUUCUAAAUAAACCACAGACAGUGUCACCAGCAAAGCACCCCCCACACCAUAACACCUCCUCCUCCUCCAUGCUUUACGGUGGGAAAUACACAUGCAGAGAUCAUCCGUUCACCCAGCCCGCGUCUCACAAAGACACGGAGGUUGGAACCAAAAAUCUCAAAUUUGGACUCCAGAUCAAAGGACAAAUUUCCACCGGUCAAAUUCCAUUGCUCGUGUUUCUUGGCCCAAGCAGGUCUCUUCUUAUUGGUGUCCUUUAGUAGUUGUUUCUUUGCAGCAAUUCGACCAUGAAGGCCUGAUUCACACAGUCCCCUCUGAACAGUUGAUGUUGAGAUGUCUGUUACUUCAACUCUGAAGCAUUUAUUUGGGCUGCAAUUUCUGAGGCUGGUAACUUAUCCUCUGCAGCAGAGUUAACUCUGGGUCUUCCAUUCCUGUCGCGGUCCUCAUGAGAGCCAGUUUCAUCAUAGCGUUUGAUGAUUUUUGCGACUGCACUUGAAGAAACUUUCAAAGUUCUUGAAAUGUUCCGUAUUUUCUGACCUUCCUGUCUUAAAGUAAUGAUGGACUGUCGUUUCUCUUUGCUUAUUUGAGCUGUUCUUGCCAUAAUAUGUUCUUGGUCUUUUACCAAAUAGGGCUAUCUUCUGUAUACCCUCCCCUACCUUGUCACAACACAACUGAUUGGCUCAAACGCAUUAAGAAGGAAAGAAAUUCCACAAAUUAACUUUUAAGAAGGCACACCUGUUAAUUGAAUUGUAUUCCAGGUGACUACCUCAUGAAGCUGGUUGAGAGAAUGCCAAGUGUGCAAAGCUGUCAUCAAGGCAAAGGGUGGCUAUUUGAAGAAUCUAUAUUUUGAUUUGUUUAACACUUUUAUGGUUACUACAUGAUUCCAUGUGUUAUUUCAUAGUUUUGAUGUCUUCACUAUUAUUCUACAAUGUAGAAAUUAGUAAAAAUAAAUAAAAACCCUUGAAUGAGUAGGUGUGUCCAAACUUUUGACUGGUACUGUAUAUAUUUUAUUGUUUUGUAAAAAAAUCAAAUAAAAAUAAUCUACCUGCCACAGUGGCUGGUGGACCAAAAAGUUAGUUUCAGUCUCUGACCACAUAUCUCUCUAUUGUGUGUAGGAAUACUUUGGAACAUAUUUCCCAAAUUAAAAUCACUUGGAGCUGAUUUGCAGGUGUUUUUAGUAUUUUAUGUCCCAAAAUGUUUUUGCUCAGAACUUGGGUGGCCAAAUAAAAUCACAGGCUACUAGUUGGGAAACCCUGCCCUAUAGCAUGAUCCUGUAUUUUAUACAACAGUCAGGGCUCAAUCCUCCGUUGUCAGGGUAGGUAUGUGGUCCAGAGUUUUGGUACAAGUCUCCUCCCUCUCUCCCGCUCCUCUCCUCCAGUUGAAGGCCCGAGACGUGGCUGGUCAGGCCUUAGGCUUCGUCCAGGACCUAGUGGCUGCUCUGUUAAACUUCCACUCCUACACAGAGCAGAGGGUACACAUCUACCCCCUGGAUUCCUCUAUCGAACCCAUCUCACCACUCAACCAGAAGGUCAGGAAAUACAGGGACACACAGUCUAUGCCCUGCCAUCCUGUUUUAGUCAUUUAGCAGAUGUUCUUAUCCACACGUGUCAAACUCAUUCCACGGAGGGCCGAGUGUCUGUAGGUUUUCGCUCCUCCCUUGUACUUGAUUGAUGAAUUAAGGUCACUAAUUAGUUCAAUAUACUAGGCGGUGUCAGAGAAAGGCAAAGAAAUGUGUCAGACUCCAGUCACCCAAGUCAUAGACUGUUCUCUCUGCUACCGCAUGGCAAGCGGUACCGGAGCGCCAAGUCUAGGUCCAAAAGACUCCUUAAUAGCUUCUACCCCCAAGCCAUAAGAGUGCUGAAAUAUUUAAUCAAAUGGCCACCUGGACUAUUUACAUUGACACCCCCCUUGCUGUUUAUUAUUUAUGCAGUCACUUUACCCCUACCUACAUGUACAAAUUAUCUCGACUAACCGGUACCCCCGCACAUUGACUCGGUACCGGUACCCCCGGUAUAUAGCCUCGGUAUUGUUAUUUUAUUGUGUUACUUUUUAUUUUAUUUUUUACUUUAGUUUAUUUAAGAAAAGAUUUACUAACUCUAUUUCUUGAACUGCAUUGUUGGUUAAGGGCUUGUAAGUAAGCAUUUCACGGUAAGGUCUACACCUGUUGUAUUCGGCGCAUGUGACAAAUAAAGUUUGAUUUUAUAAUUAGUAAGGAACUCGCCUCUGGUUGUCUAGGGCUUAAUUGAAAGGAAAACCAAAAACCUGCAGACACUCGGCCCUCCGUGGAAUGAGUUUGACACCCCUCCUCUUAUCCAUAGUGACUUACAAUAAGUGCUUUUGGCUGAAGUAGGUAAGAUGAACUCUCAACUGCCAUCUUCUCCCCAGUUCUCCCAGUAUCUACAUGAGAAUGCAGCCUAUGUGCGCCCCCUGGAGGAAGGACUAGUGCAACUACACCAGAGCAUCACAGAGGACACAGUAACAGUGCUAGAGACUGUGGGGAAACUCAAGAACUUUGCCGAUCACUUCACCUCCUACACCCACUUUCUGCAGAAGAUUCUACCAUACCAGCUCAAAAGGUCAGUACUCAUUACAUUAGGUGUGUACUGUACACAUGCGUUCCCCCGUAUCCCCCUCUUCUUCUUCUUGUGGUCCUCUGUAGCUCAGCUGGUAGAGCACGGCGCUUGUAACGCCAAGGUAGUGGGUUCGAUCCCCGGGACCACCCAUACACAAAAAUGUAUGCACGCACGACUGUAAGUCGCUUUGGAUAAAAGCGUCUGCUAAAUGGCUUAUUAUUAUUAUUAUUAUUAUUAUUAUUAUUAUUAUUCUCCUUCCCAACCUGGAGGAGGAGUGCGGCCGCUCUCUGUACCUCAGCCCUCACCUCUAAGAGCGUGUGUGUGUCUAUGGCUGCGUUUACACAGGCAGCCCAAUUCUGCAAUUUUUUCCACUAAUUGGUCUUUGACCUAUCAGAUAAUUGGUCAAAAAUUAGUGGAAAAAAUAUUAGAAUUGGGCUGCCUGUGGAAACGCAGCCUGUGUGUGUCACCCUCUCCUCCUCUCUUCUCUUCACCAGUCUGGAGGAAGAGUGCGGGACUCCGCUGUGUACCUCCUCUCUCACCUCUAAGAACCAGGAGCUGCAGAGUGACAUGAAGAGAAUCACCUCUGUGUUCGACAAACUACACAGCUACAUCAGCCUACUGGCCUUACCUAGUGAGUUAACACAGAGAGCUGACUCCACGCCAAAGUCAGUCCGCUUGAGAAUAAAGCGUGAAGCAGACCAAGUGGGGAUUUUUUUUGUAUGGAGGGUGUUAGGGUUGGGUGGUAUCCAGAUUUCCAUACCUUCAUACCAUUCCAGUACCAUACCAGGGUAUACGGUAUUAAUGGCAGUGCAUAUAAGGGGUGCUAUUUCUUUCCGAAUGUAAAAAAAAAAAAAAAUAUAUAUAUACAGUGGGGAGAACAAGUAUUUGAUACACUGCCGAUUUUGCAGGUUUUCCUACUUACAAAGCAUGUAGAGGUCUGUAAUUUUUAUCAUAGGUACACUUCAACUGUGAGAGACGGAAUCUAAAACAAAAAUCCAGAAAAUCACAUUGUAUGAUUUUUAAGUAAUUAAUUUGCAUUUUAUUGCAUGACAUAAGUAUUUGAUCACCUACCAACCAGUAACAAUUCCGGCUCUCACAGACAUGUUAGUUUUUCUUUAAGAAGCCCUCCUGUUCUCCACUCAUUACCUGUAAUAACUGCACCUGUUUGAACUCGUUACCUGUAUAAAUGACACCUGUCCACACACUCAAUCAAACAGACUCCAACCUCUCCACAAUGGCCAAGACCAGAGAGCUGCGUAAGGACAUCAGGGAUAAAAUUGUAGACCUGCACAAGGCUGGUAUGUGCUACAGGACAAUAGGCAAGCAGCUUGGUGAGAAGUCAACAACUGUUGGCGCAAUUAUUAGAAAAUGGAAGAAGUUCAAGAUGACGGUCAAUCACCCUCGGUCUGGGGCUCCAUGCAAGAUCUCACCUCGUGGGGCAUCAAUGAUCAUGGUGAGGGAUCAGCCCAGACCUACACGGCAGGACCUGGUCAAUGACCUGAAGAGAGCUGGGACCACAGUCUCAAAGAAAACCAUUAGUAACACACUACGCCGUCAUGGAUUAAAAUCCUGCAGCGCACGCAAAGUCCCCCUGCUCAAGCCAGCGCAUGUCCAGGCCCGUCUGAAGUUUGCCAAUGACCAUCUGGAUGAUCCAGAGGAGGAAUGGGAGAAGGUCAUGUGGUCUGAUGAGACAAAAAUAGAGCUUUUUGGUCUAAACUCCACUCGCCGUGUUUGGAGGAAGAAGAAGGAUGAGUACAACCCCAAGAACACCAUCCCAACUGUGAAGCAUGGAGGUGGAAACAUCAUUCUUUGGGGAUGCUUUUCUGCAAAGGGGACAGGACGACUGCACCGUAUUGAGGGGAGGAUGGAUGGGGCCAUGUAUCGCGAGAUCUUGGCCAACAAUCUCUUUCCCUCAGUAAGAGCAUUGAAGAUGGGUCGUGGCUGGGUCUUCCAGCAUGACAACGACCCAAAACACACAGCCAGGGCAACUAAGGAGUGGCUCCGUAAGAAGCAUCUCAAGGUCCUGGAGUGGCCUAGCCAGUCUCCAGACCUGAACCCAAUAGAACAUCUUUGGAGGGAGCUGAAAGUCCAGAAAAAUCCAGAAAAUCACAUUGUAUGAUUUUUAAGUAAUUCAUUUGCAUUUUAUUGCAUGACAUAAGUAUUUGAUACAUCAGAAAAGCAGAACUUAAUAUUUGGUACAGAAACCUUUGUUUGCAAUUACAGAGAUCAUACGUUUCCUGUAGGUCUUGACCAGGUUUGCACACACUGCAGCAGGGAUUUUGGCCCACUCCUCCAUACAGACCUUCUCCAGAUCCUUCAGGUUUCGGGGCUGUCGCUGGGCAAUACGGACUUUCAGCUCCCUCCAAAGAUUUUCUAUUGGGUUCAGGUCUGGAGACUGGCUAGGCCACUCCAGGACCUUGAGAUGCUUCUUACGGAGCCACUCCUUAGUUGCCCUGGCUGUGUGUUUCGGGUCGUUGUCAUGCUGGAAGACCCAGCCACGACCCAUCUUCAAUGCUCUUACUGAGGGAAGGAGGUUGUUGGCAAGAUCUCGCGAUACAUGGUCCCAUCCAUCCUCCCCUCAAUACGGUGCAGUCGUCCUGUCCCCUUUGCAGAAAAGCAUCCCCAAAGAAUGAUGUUUCCACCUCCAUGCUUCACGGUUGGGAUGGUGUUCUUGGGGUUGUACUCAUCCUUCUUCUUCCUCCAAACACGGCGAGUGGAGUUUAGACCAAAAAGCUCUAUUUUUGUCUCAUCAGACCACAUGACCUUCUCCCAUUCCUCCUCUGGAUCAUCCAGAUGGUCAUUGGCAAACUUCAGACGGGCCUGGACAUGCGCUGGCUUGAGCAGGGGGACCUUGCGUGCGCUGCAGGAUUUUAAUCCAUGACGGCGUAGUGUGUUACUAAUGGUUUUCUUUGAGACUGUGGUCCCAGCUCUCUUCAGGUCAUUGACCAGGUCCUGCCGUGUAGGUCUGGGCUGAUCCCUCACCUUCCUCAUGAUCAUUGAUGCCCCACGAGGUGAGAUCUUGCAUGGAGCCCCAGACCGAGGGUGAUUGACCGUCAUCUUGAACUUCUUCCAUUUUCUAAUAAUUGCACCAACAGUUGUUGACUUCUCACCAAGCUGCUUGCCUAUUGUCCUGUAGCCCAUCCCAGCCUUGUGCAGGUCUACAAUUUUAUCCCUGAUGUCCUUACACAGCUCUCUGGUCUUGGCCAUUGUGGAGAGGUUGGAGUCUGUUUGAUUGAGUGUGUGGACAGGUGUCAUUUAUACAGGUAACGAGUUCAAACAGGUGCAGUUAUUACAGGUAAUGAGUGGAGAACAGGAGGGCUUCUUAAAGAAAAACUAACAGGUCUGUGAGAGCCGGAAUUGUUACUGGUUGGUAGGUGAUCAAAUACUUAUGUCAUGCAAUAAAAUGCAAAUGAAUUACUUAAAAAUCAUACAAUGUGAUUUUCUUGAUUUUUGUUUUAGAUUCCGUCUCUCACAGUUGAAGUGUACCUAUGAUAAAAAUUACAGACCUCUACAUGCUUUGUAAGUAGGAAAACCUGCAAAAUCGGCAGUGUAUCAAAUACUUGUUCUCCCCACUGUAUGUGUGUGUGUGUGUGUAUAUAUAUAUAUAUACACACACACACACACACACACACACACACACACACACACACACACACACACACACACACACACACACACACAGUGGGGAAAAAAAGUAUUUAGUCAGCCACCAAUUGUGCAAGUUCUCCCACUUAAAAAGAUGAGAGGCCUGUAAUUUUCAUCAUAGGUACACGUCAACUAUGACAGACAAAUUGAGGAAAAAAAAUCCAGAAAAUCACAUUGUAGGAUUUUUAAUGAAUUUAUUUGCAAAUUAUGGUGGAAAAUAAGUAUUUGGUCACCUACAAACAAGCAAGAUUUCUGGCUCUCACAGACCUGUAACUUCUUCUUUAAGAGGCUCCUCUGUCUUCCACUCGUUACCUGUAUUAAUGGCACCUGUUUGAACUUGUUAUCAGUAUAAAAAGACACCUGUCCACAACCUCAAACAGUCACACUCCAAACUCCACUAUGGCCAAGACCAAAGAGCUGUCAAAGGACACCAGAAACAAAAUUGUAGACCUUGCACCAGGCUGGGAAGACUGAAUCUGCAAUAGGUAAGCAGCUUGGUUUGAAGAAAUCAACUGUGGGAGCAAUUAUUAGGAAAUGGAAGACAUACAAGACCACUGAUAAUCUCCCUCGAUCUGGGGCUCCACGCAAGAUCUCACCCCGUGGGGUCAAAAUGAUCACAAGAACGGUGAGCAAAAAUCCCAGAACCACACGGGGGGACCUAGUGAAUGACCUGCAGAGAGCUGGGACCAAAGUAACAAAGCCUACCAUCAGUAACACAACACAAUACGCCGCCAGGGACUCAAAUCCUGCAGUGCCAGACGUGUCCCCCUGCUUAAGCCAGUACAUGUCCAGGCCCGUCUGAAGUUUGCUAGAGUGCAUUUGGAUGAUCCAGAAGAGGAUUGGGAGAAUGUCAUAUGGUCAGAUGAAACCAAAAUAGAAUUUUUUUGUAAAAACUCAACUCGUCGUGUUUGGAGGACAAAGAAUGCUGAGUUGCAUCCAAAGAACACCAUACCUACUCUGAAGCAUGGGGUUGGAAACAUCAUGCUUUGGGGCUGUUUUUCUGCAAAGGGACCAGGACGACUGAUCCGUGUAAAGGAAAGAAUGAAUGGGGCCAUGUAUCGUGAGAUUUUGAGUGAAAACCUCCUUCCAUCAGCAAGGGCAUUGAAGAUGAAACGUGGCUGGGUCUUUCAGCAUGACAAUGAUCCCAAACACACCGCCCGGGCAACGAAGGAGUGACUUCGUAAGAAGCAUUUCAAGGUCCUGGAGUGGCCUAGCCAGUCUCCAGAUCUCAACCCCAUAGAAAAUCUUUGGAGGGAGUUGAAAGUCCGUGUUGCCCAGCGACAGCCCCAAAACAUCACUGCUCUAGAGGAGAUCUGCAUGGAGGAAUGGGCCAAAAUACCAGCAACAGUGUGUGAAAACCUUGUGAAGACUUACAGAAAACGUUUGACCUGUGUCAUUGCCAACAAAGGGUAUAUAACAAAGUAUUGAGAAACUUUUGUUAUUGACCAAAUACUUAUUUUCCACCAUAAUUUGCAAAUAAAUUCAUAAAAAAAUCCUACAAUGUGAUUUUCUCAUUUUGUCUGUCAUAGUUGACGUGUACCUAUGAUGAAAAUUACAGGCCUCUCUCAUCUUUUUAAGUGGGAGAACUUGCACAAUUGGUGGCUGACUAAAUACUUUUUUUCCCCACUGUAUGUGUGUAUAUAUAUAUAUAUAUAGUGAGGGGAAAAAAGUAUUUGAUCCCUUGCAGAUUUUGUACGUUUGCCCACUGACUAAGAAAUGAUCUAAUUUUAAUGGUAGGUUUAUUUGAACAGUGAGAGACAGAAUAACAACAACAAAAAUCCAGAAAAACGCAUGUCAAAAAUGUUAUAAAUUGAUUUGCAUUUUAAUGAGGGAAAUAAGUAUUUGACCCCUCUGCAAAACAUGACUUAGUACUUGGUGGAAAAACCCUAUUUGGCAAUCACCGAGGUCAGACGUUUCUUGUAGUUGGCCACCAGGUUUGCACACAUCUCAGGAGGGAUUUUGUCCCACUCCUCUUUGCAGAUCUUCUCCAAGUCAUUAAGGUUUCGAGGCUGACGUUUGGCAACUCGAACCUUCAGCUCCCUCCACAGAUUCUCUAUGGGAUUAAGGUCUGGAGACUGGCUAGGCCACUCCAGGACCUUAAUGUGCUUCUUCUUGAGCCACUUCUUUGUUGCCUUGGCCGUGUGUUUUGGGUCAUUGUCAUGCUGGAAUACCCAUCCACGAGUGGUUGAAAAACAAGUUUUAAUGACUCCAACCUAAGUGUAUGUAAACUUCCGACUUCAACUGUAUAUACAUAUACACAUGCAUACACACAUCCUUUAAAAAAUAUAUAUUUGCCUUUUACUUUCUAACCCUACCACACUCAAACCGGUGCGCCUGGCACCUACUACCAUACCCCUUUCAAAGGCACUUAAAUAUUUUGUUUUGCCCAUUCACACUCUAAAUGGCACACAUACACAAUCCAUGUCUCAAGCCUUAAAAAUCCUUCUUUAACUGGUGUCCUCCCCAUCUACACUGAUUCGAAGUGGAUUGAACAAGUGACAUCAAUAAGGGAUCAUAGCUUUCACCUGGAUUCACCUGGUCAGUCUGUCAUGGAAAGAGCAAUGUUUUGCACACUCCGUGUAUAUCAGCCUACUGGCCUUACUAGUGAGUAGUGUGGGACUGGAGGAAAAUCAAGUGUGCAAUUGUUUUCCAGGUGUUCGACAGGACUCCAUGCCCCAGAGCAGUUCCUCUGCUGUCUUCACCCAGCUGGCUGCCUGUCUACACAGCCUUCACGACGCGGUCAAAGGUGAAACCUUUUUUUACUAGGAAAAAGUUAUUUUGUCUGUUUUUGUAGACUAAUGUUCAAGCCACUCUGUCCUUCCUCUGUGUUCUGUAGAGAUGUCUAAGCUUAACUGUUAUAUAGCAAUAUACCUGCAGGCUUCAAGUAAAAUGGAACCAAUAACAGUGUAAGCCCCCUGUACCAUCCUUUUAACUGUUGGUCUCCUUCCUGUCUAUCUCUGUGUGUGUGUAGAGAUGUAUUUUGUAUGUAUAAGCUAAGUCCCUCUCUAUGUGUCUCUACAGAGAUGUCUACGCAUUACAGCCAGAAGGCCAGUCUGGAACAGGAGUUGUCUACAAUCACUCAGAAGCUCCGCACUACUAACGAGUGUCUGCUGGCUUCCCUGGGCUCUCUCACCAGCAGCACCGGCAAGGUAGGACCAUUUACCGCUAUAUGAACACUGGGUAUGUAUUAGUGAUGGGAGAAAAAAAUAGAUACAGUUACAUAUCACAAUAUUAUUUUUGGAUAUUAUAUCGAUUCGCUGAAGAAGAAAAAAAGUAGCUUUAGCUAGCACUAGUCGGCUGUACCUGCGGCAAAAGUUUUUUUCUCCAAUCCUAUAGCUUGUUCGCCAUCUUCUUUUUAAAUUCUGAGCCAACAUGUUUUCAGCACUUAUUUCCAUGACUGAUCAAAACAAAUGUUCUCAUGCGUUCUCUUGUCUCGCUGCAGCAGACGUAUAAUGAGCAAUAUGUUUGGAACAUCAAAUCGCAGUAUCCAAUCGUAAUACAUAUAGAAUCGUGAGAAUCGCAAUACAUAUCAUAUCGGCACCUAAGUAUGGUGAUAAUAUCGUAUCGUGAGGUCCCUGGCAGUUCCUGGCCACAUCUAUUACCACACCAUCUGUGUCUAAAUCAAGACAACUGGCCUCAGUAAACAAGCACACUGACAGCCGGUGUUGUUUUUGGUUGGCAUUCUCACAUUAGCACAGUUUAAUUGGUUGGGUAACAUGAAAAAAUAUUGAUUGAUUUUAUUUGUCUGACUGUUGUUUUUUAUUUUUAAGACAUACAGUGGGGAAAAAAAGUAUUUAGUCAGCCACCAAUUGUGCAAGUUCUCCCACUUAAAAAGAUGAGAGAGGCCUGUAAUUUUCAUCAUAGGUACACGUCAACUAUGACAGACAAAAUGAGAAAAAAAAAUCCAGAAAAUCACAUUGUAGGAUUUUUAAUGAAUUUAUUUGCAAAUUAUGGUGGAAAAUAAGUAUUUGGUCAAUAUCAAAAGUUUCUCAAUACGUUGUUAUAUACCCUUUGUUGGCAAUGACACAGGUCAAACGUUUUCUGUAAGUCUUCACAAGGUUUUCACACACUGUUGCUGGUAUUUUGGCCCAUUCCUCCAUACAGAUCUCCUCUAGAUGUUUUGGGGCUGUCGCUGGGCAACACGGACUUUCAACUCCCUCCAAAGAUUUUAUAUGGGGUUGAGAUCUGGAGACUGGCUAGGCCACUCCAGGACCUUGAAAUGCUUCUUACGAAGCCACUCCUUCGUUACCCGGGCGGUGUGUUUGGGAUCAUUGUCAUGCUGAAAGACCCAGCCACGUUUCAUCUUCAAUGCCCUUGCUGAUGGAAGGAGGUUUUCACUCAAAAUCUCACGAUACAUGGCCCCAUUCAUUCUUUCCUUUACACGGAUCAGUCGUCCUGGUCCCUUUGCAGAAAAACAGCCCCAAAGCAUGAUGUUUCCACCCCCAUGCUUCAGAGUAGGUAUGGUGUUCUUUGGAUGCAACUCAGCAUUCUUUGUCCUCCAAACACGACGAGUUGAGUUUUUAUCUGACCAUAUGACAUUCUCCCAAUCCUCUUCUGGAUCAUCCAAAUGCACUCUAGCAAACUUCAGACGGGCCUGGACAUGUACUGGCUUAAGCAGGGGAACACGUCUGGCACUGCAGGAUUUGAGUCCCUGGCGGCGUAGUGUGUUACUGAUGGUAGGCUUUGUUACUUUGGUCCCAGCUCUCUGCAGGUCAUUCACUAGGUCCCCCCGUGUGGUUCUGGGAUUUUUGCUCACCGUGGUCUUGUAUGUCUUCCAUUUCCUAAUAAUUGCUCCCACAGUUGAUUUCUUCAAACCAAGCUGCUUACCUAUUGCAGAUUCAGUCUUCCCAGCCUGGUGCAGGUCUACAAUUUUGUUUCUGGUGUCCAUUGACAGCUCUUUGGUCUUGGCCAUAGUGGAGUUUGGAGUGUGACUGUUUGAGGUUGUGGACAGGUGUCUUUUUAUACUGAUAACAAGUUCAAACAGGUGCCAUUAAUACAGGUAACGAGUGGAGGACAGAGGAGCCUCUUAAUGAAGAAGUUACAGGUCUGUGAGAGCCAGAAAUCUUGCUUGUUUGUAGGUGACCAAAUACUUAUUUUCCACCAUAAUUUGCAAAUAAAUUCAUAAAAAAUCCUACAAUGUGAUUUUCUGGAAUUUCUUUCGUGUACCUAUGAUGAAAAUGACAGGCCUCUCUCAUCUUUAAGUGGGAGAACUUGCACAAUUGGAGGCUGACUAAAUACUUUUUUUCCCCACUGUACAGUACCAGUCAAAGGUUUGGACACACCUACUCAUUCAAGGGUUUUUCUUUAUUUUUACUAUUUCCUACAUUGUAGAAUAAUAGUGAAGACAUCAAAACUAUUAUAUAACACAUAUGGAAUCAUGUAGUAACCAAAAAAGUGUUAAACAAAUCAAAAUAUAUUUUAUCUUUUGAGAUUCUUCAAAGUAGCCACCCUUUGCCUUGAUAUGACAGCUUUGCACACUCUUGGCAUUCUCUCAACCAGCUUCAUGAGGUAGUCACCUGGAAUGCAUUUCAAUUAACAGGUGUGCUUUUUAAAAGUUAAUUUGUGUAAUUUCUUUCCUUCUUUAUGCGUUUAUGCCAGUUAGUUGUGUUGUGACAAGGUGGUGGUGGUGGGGGGGGGGGCGUAUACAGAAGAUAGCCCUAUUUGGUAAAAGACCAAGUCCAUAUUAUGGCAAGAACAGCUCAGAUACGCAAAGAGAAACAACAGUCCAUCAUUACUUUAAGACAUGAAGGUCAGUCAAUGCAGAACAUUUCAAGAACUUUGAAAGUUUCUUCAAGUGCAGUUGCAAAAACCAUCAAGCGCUAUGAUGAAACUGGCUCGCAUGAGGACCGCCACAGGAAUGGAAGACCCAGAGUUACCUCUGCUGCAGAGGAUAAGUUCAUUAGAGUUACCAGCCUCAGAAAUUGCAGCCCAAAUAAAUGCUUCACAGAGUUCAAGUCACAGACACAUCUCAACAUCAACUGUUCUGAGGAGACUGCGUGAAUCAUGCCUUCAUGGUCAAAUUGCUGCAAAGAAACAACUACUAAAGGACACCAAUAAGAAGAAGAGACUUGCUUGGGCCAAGAAACACGAGCAAUGGACAUUAGACUGGUGGACAUUUGUCCUUUGGUCUGAAGUCCAAAUUUGACAUUUUUGGUUCCAACCGCCGUGGCUUUGUGAGACGUGGUGUGGGUGAACGGAUGAUCUCUGCAUGUGUAUUUCCCACCGUAAAGCAUGGAGGAGGAGGUGUUAUGGUGUGGGGGUGCUUUGCUGGUGACACUGUCUGUGAUUUAUUUAGAAUUCAAGGCACACUUAACCAGCAUGGCUACCACAGCAUUCUGCAGCAAUAUGCCAUACCAUCUGGUUUGGGCUUAGUGGGACUAUCAUUUGUUUUUCAACAGGACAAUGACCCAACACACCUCCAGGCUGUGUAAGGGCUGUUUUACCAAGAAGAAGAGUGAUGGAGUGCUGCAUCAGAUGACCUGGCCUCCACAAUCCCACGACCUCAACCCAAUUGAGAUGGUUUGGGAUGAGUCGGACGGCAGAGUGAAGGAAAAGCAGCCAACAAGUGCUCAGCAUAUGUGGGAACUCCUUCAAGACUGUUGGAAAAGCAUUCCAGGUGAAGCUGGUUGAGAGAAUGCCAAGAGUGUGCAAAGCUGUCAUCAAGGCAAAGGGUGGCUAUUUGAAGAAUCUCAAAUAUAAAAUAUAUUUUGAUUUGUUUAACACUUUUGUUUACUACAUGAUUCCAUAUGUGUUAUUUCAUAGUUUUGAUGUCUUCACUAUUAUUCUACAAGGUAGAAAAUAGUAAAAAUAAAGAAAAAGCCUUGAAUGAGUGUGUUCUAAAACUUUUGACCGGUAAUGUACAUAAAAAUCCAAAAACCGUGACCGGGAAUGCACAAUGACAGACUAAUUUCCAUUGUGGUCCUUAUUUUUUUUAUUUUUUGUUGCUGUUUUGUUUACAUAUGAGUUUAAGCAGCAGUAGCAACUGCCUUGGUAUGUGGCUCAUCGACCGUGCAGAUUGGUCAUUUACAAUACAUGACCACUAAUAAGAAGGGAGGGUUUAGUUGGGGCAGAAGGGCUAUUUUCACAGAUCCGCACCAUAUCAUAGCAUCUACAGCUGUGUAUCCCAGAUAAAAGGGAUGGGGGGGCUUUGAAACAGAGUACAGUGAGUGCAUACGUUUGUACUAUACGUAUGAGAACCCUGCGGGAAUUGAAGCCACGACCUUACCAACUGAUGGUAUGUAGAGGAGGUAGAGAAAUUUUACUGUAAUAACGAUACUGUUCUUUUUUGGUAUUAUAGUUAUAUAGUCUCUACUGUUGCCUGGCUGAUGAAUGCACCAGACACAGACCGACUGUUUGUUUGAGGUAUGAGAGAUGGGACUGCUGUUUUGUGUUGUUGUGGAGGAACAGGGAUGGAAUGCUCUGGGCUGGCUGGUUGCAGAGUUCCAGAGUUCCACGUCUGUGUUCCAGAGUUCUGUAAGAAGGAUGUUUACCAUGAGGUGAUCUGAGACCGGGGCUCAAUUCGUCUUUCUCAAGGUCCCUCCCCAUGGUCCUUCUUCUCCAAUGUAUUUUGAAAAGGAGGCAAGGAGAUAGGAUGGGGGGGAGACGAUGAAAGAAUGGGCGAGUUGUUUUGAAUGGCCCGGUGCCCCAGGUGGGGGGAGAUUUCACUUCAGGAACAAUGGAUAGGUCUAAAAUGUGCAAACCCCACCCAUCCAGGGCACCUGGCCAUGUAAAACUAACUCUCCCAUUAAUUGAGAAAGAAACUGGGUUGACAGUAAUGGGAGUGUAAAAAAACUAAACAAGGAGGACCAAGGCACUCUUCAUAUAAUUAAAAGUAGUAGUGGGAGUGUGUAUUAGAAAUCUGUGUCUGUAUUCUGUCAACUCAUCCUUGACUUCACCCACUGACCUCCUUAAAGGAACAGUGACGUAGUUCUGUAGGAUAAGUGUGUUUAGGAAAGUUUGACUUGGUGUUAUGGGGUUGUUGAAGUGUGUAGUAUAGUGAAGUUAUCAUGACUCAAAUUAUUUUAUAAACUCCUUUCACAUUAGUUUUUGUAUUUAAGUGCACCUGUUUCACCCUCAUAUUUAAGCGUAUACAACAUUGAUAGAUUGAAAACGUAUAUUCUAUGACAUUGUUGUACAGUGAUAUUCAAAUGGCGGUCUGGACUACAACAUACAGUGCAUUCGGAAGGUAUUCAGACCCCUUUACUUUUUCCACUUUUUGUUACGUUACAGCCUUAUUCUAAAAUUGAUUAAAUCGUUUUUUUUCCCUCGUCAAUCUACACACAAUACCCCAUAAUGACAAAGCAAAAACAGGUUUUUAGAAAUGUUUGCACAUUUAUUAAAUAAACUGACAUCACAUUUACCUAAGUAUUCAGACUCUUUACUCUGUACUUUGUUGAAGCACCUUUGGCAGCGAUUACAGCAUCAAGUCUUCUUUGGUAUGAUGCUACAAGCUUGGCACACAUGUAUUUCGGGAGUUUCUCCCAUUCUUAUUUGCAGAUCCUCUAAAACUCUGUCAGGUUGGAUGGGGAGCGUCGCUGCACAGCUAUUUUCAGGUCUCUCCAAAGAUGUUUGAUCGGGUUCAAGUCUGGGCUCUGGCUGGGCCACUCAAGGACAUUCAGAGACUUGUCCAGAAGCCACUCCUGUGUUGUCUUGGCUGUGUGCUUAGGGUUGUUGUUCUGUUGGAAGGUGAACCUUCGCCCAGGUAUGAGGUCCUGAGCGCUCAGGAGCAGGUUUUCAUCAAGGAUUUCUCUGUAUUUUGCUCCGUUCAUUGUUCCCUCAAUCCUGACUAGUCCCCCAGUACCUGCCACUGAAAAACAUCCCCACAGCAUGACACUGCCACCACCAUGCUUCACCGUAGGGUUGGUGCCAGGCUUCUUCCAGACGUGACGCUAAGAGUUCAAUCUUGGUUUCAUUAGACCAGAGAAUCUUGUUUCUCAUGGUCUGAGAGUCCUUUAGGUGCCUUUUGGCAAACUUCAAGUGGGCUGUCAUGUCCCUUUUACUGAGGAGUGACUGCCGUCUGGCCACUCUACCAUAAAGGUCUGAUUAGUGGAGUGCUGCAGAGAUGGUUGUCCUUCUGGAAGUUUCUCCCAUCUCCACAGAGGAACUCUGGAGCUGUCAGUGACCAUUGGGUUUUUGGUCACCUCCCUGACCAAGGCCCUUCUCCCCCGAUUGCUCAGUUUGGCCGGGUGGCCAGCUCUAGAAAGAGUCUUGGUGGUUCCAAACUUCUUCCAUUUAAGAAUGAUGGAGGCCACUGUGUUCUUGGACCUUCAAUGCUGCAGAAAUGUUUUGGAACCCUUCCCCAGAUCUGUGCCUUGAGACGAACCUGUCUCGGAGGUCUACAGACAAUUCCUUCGACCUCAUGGCUUGGUUUUUGCUCUGACAUGCACUGUCAACUGUGGGACCUUAUAUAGAUAGGUGUGUGCCUUUCCAAAUCAUGUCCAAUCAAUUGAAUUUACCACAGGUGGACUCCAAUAAAGUUGUAGAAACAUCAAGGAUGAUCAAUGGAAACAGGAUGCACCUCAGCUCAAUUUCGAGUCUCAUAGCAAAGGGUCUGAAUACUUAUGUAAAUAAGGUAUUUCAGUUUUUUAUUUGUAAGACAUUUGCAACAUUUUCUACAUCUGUUUUUGCUUUGUCAUUAUGGGGUAUUGUGUGUAGAUUGAUGAGGGGAAUAAAAUGUUUGUGUGUAAUGUGACAAUGUGGAAAAAGGGAAGAGGUCUGAAUACUUUCCGAAUGCACUGUAUAGGCCUAGAAGACCAUGUAUAUGGCUCACCAAUACUGUUUAUAAGAAGACAUUAUAAAGGCUUAAACAUGCUUACAACAAAUUAUAAAGAAUUAGUGCCUAUACCUGGAUGAUGUAAAGUCUUACCAUAAUAUUGAUUCUGUACAUUUUUCAACAGAUUGCGACGUUCUUCAGCAACAACCUGGAUUUCUUCACGUCUUCGACAGGCUACAGUCCGAGAGGGGGGGCCGGGGCCCUCAACCCCCUGCAGGCAGAGAGCAUGCUGGGUAACAAGAAGAAGGCCUCCGACUACAUGCAUGCCAUCAGAAAGGUCAGUAGCUUUCCCUCGCUUCGCUGGUCAUGUCACCUUCACAGACCUGGAUUCAAAUACUAUUUGAAUGUCAUUCAGCUGUGUUCGAUUAAGCUUGCCUAGCAAAAUGGAACCAAUAGAAUAGUCCCAAAAGUGUAAAUCCCGCCCCAUCUGGCACUCCAAUCCAAGCAGCCUAAAGCAAACAGUGGAACAUCACCUUAACAACGAUGUUGUGGUUCAGUAUAACAGUGUGUAUUUGACUGUCCUGUCCUGUCUGUUGUUUAUCCAGCCCAGACCAGAGUCCGUUCCAUACAGAGAGGCCCUGUUGAAUCGCCGUGUUCUAACUAGCUCUACAGAGAGCAGAGAGGGACUCACACAACAGGUAUUGAUUGUACUUCCAUGCUCCUCUCAGGACACAGGCCCUAUGCUUCUGUGAAACUCUUCAUUAUGCUCAAGGUAACUCAUUUGGUUACUGACUAGAUAAGUGUUAUAUAGAAGUCCUCUUACCAACUCUCCUCGCCCCUCGGUCUCUCUCCUCUCCGCCUCUUCUUUCCUCACGUGUCCUCUCCUCCACCUCUCCAUUUCCCUCUGUGUCUGUUCCUCUAUCACCCCAGGUGGUUGCGAGCCAGGAGAAGAUUGCUCGUCUGGAGCAGGAGAAAGAGCACUGGUUGCUGGAGGCCCAGCUGGGCAGGGUGAGGCUGGAGAAGGAGAGCCAGCGCAUCCAGGACCUGGAGAGACAGCUCUCCUCUGCCCUGGGAGGAGGAGGCUGCCCAGCCCUCACCAGCCUGGAGGACGGAGAGGUGGAGGAGAGAGGAGCAGGGAAGGAGGCUAUGCUAAGCACCAGUCUGGUAGAUGCAUCUUCACUCUUUUGUUUUUCUUUACGGUUGCAAGAAUCCUUCUAAAUUGAUUUCAGUAAAACUGGUAACUUUGGGAAACUUUCCGGAAGUUUGCGACCUUAUUUUUCUUCAAUAGUGAUUUGAAUUGGUCUUCAUCCUCAUGCUUAAAAAGACUACUUUGCAGUUGUCUGCUGAGACUGGCAUGAUAUGAGAUGAAAAUCUAGGGACAUCAUUCCUCCCUUUGCAACCCUCCCCUUUCCCACGAAAUGAGUCAGACACGUCCUAGUGGGAGAAGCCAUAACAUGUGUAUGGCUUCAGUGAAGGGGUUGUGUUAUCAGUGUCUGGCUAAGUUCCGAUUAUCUCUCCUUUGGCUCUUUCACUUGGUAAUUUCCCUUCACUGAUUUGAAAAUAAAUGAUGGGUAUAAGGAAUAUGGUGGAAACUCCCUCUAGCCCAUGCCUCCACCAAUUCAAUGCGUUUAGAUUUGUGGGAAGUAGUGAACGAGUGUACACUUCAGGAGAAAAUAGAUAUUAUUGGGAAGCACCCUCUCUUUGCACCAGCUUCCUUGUUUCAUACUGCCUGUAUUUUAAAAGCAUACUCAUUAGAAGGUCUAGGAUACACCCACUUAACCUUUUCCCAGAUCUAUUUGUUUUGUCCUGCCCAGACCCAGGGUACACCCACUUAACCUGGUCCCAGAUAUAUUUGUGUUGUCCUAUGGUGGUUGUCAAGACCGCACAAACAGAUCUGGGACCAGGCUAACCCCCUGCUAGUCACUAACUCGACACUGUUGUCAUGUAAUGAACAACCAGCUAAACGCUUCAUUCACAGGCUUCUAUAGAUUUAAUUCCUUGCAGGUCCAGUUUUGACAGAUACCAUUAGGGGCCUGUAGUGUUUUAUAGGAUUUCAGUGGGAGAGGAGUGGGUUUUAUUAGCCUGGGCCCAGAUCUAUUUGUGCUAUAUAGCCAACAAUGACCAUAGCAGUUGGCAAGACGACAAAAACAGAUCUGGGACCAGGCUUGGUUACAUUUUUAUAGCUUUCUCAAUUCUCAUAGGGAGUGAGUAACUGUGUUACUGUGUUUCUGUGUUUUCCAUCUCUCUCAUCAGGUUGGCAUGUUAACCACAACUCCUACCAACGAGGAAGUAAGUUUGUCUCGUUCUUCUUGACCCAACUAUUCUUUAAAGUUUGUUCCUUUUCCCAUCUUUCACAGGGCUAGUCUCUUUUUUUUCCUGAAAAGAUGGACUAAUGAACUCCAGAUUAUCACACUGUGGACAAUUACACUGAAUAGAAUGAGUGCUACGUAAUAACAUGUUAAUACAAUCUAGUUAUACUAGUGUAAUUACAACACCGGUAUAAGAGCAAUUUCAUGUAAAGUUGUUGUCGUCCUCUCUGUGUGUAUACAGGUGGGAGACGAGGAGUCCAGAGAACAGCUGAUCAAGACUCACUACAUGGCCAGAGUAGGAGAGCUCACCACACAGCUACAGGUCUCUGACAGCAAGGCUGUUAACUUCCACGCUGAGGUGAGAGAGAAAUUAUGUACUGGAUCUAUUUCCCAUUCAUAAACAUAGCAACCCGUCCAGAACUAUUAUUUCCUAUUGAAUGUAAAAGGAUGUGUAGCUCUUAUUUUGUUGGUGGAUACAUGGGAGAUAUGGGGAACAAAGUCACACACGUGUGCGCUCAAUUUAGACGCUGCUAUACAGAAGACCAACUAACUAGUUGUACAGUCACUCAACCUUUUCCCCGCACGUCUUCCUUCCUCUAGUACAUACAGUGGGGAAAAAAGUAUUUAGUCAGCCACCAAUUGUGCAAGUUCUCCCACUUAAAAAGAUGAGAGAGGCCUGUAAUUUUCAUCAUAGGUACACGUCAAAUAUGAUAGACAAAAUGAGAAAAAAGAAUCCAGAAAAUCACAUUGUAGGAUUUUUAAUGAAUUUAUUUGCAAAUUAUGGUGGAAAUAACUAUUUGGUCAAUAACAAAAGUUUCUCAAUACUUUGUUAUAUACCCUUUGUUGGCAAUGACACAGGUCAAACGUUUUCUGUAAGUCUUCACAAGGUUUUCACACACUGUUGCUGGUAUUUUGGCCCAUUCCUCCAUGCAGAUCUCCUCUAGAGCAGUGAUGUUUUGGGGCUGUCGCUGGGCAACACGGACUUUCAACUCCCUCCAAAGAUUUUCUAUGGGGUUGAGAUCUGGAGACUGGCUAGGCCACUCCAGGACCUUGAAAUGCUUCUUACGAAGCCACUCCUUCGUUGCCCGAGCGGUGUGUUUGGGAUCAUUGUCAUGCUGAAAGACCCAGCCACAUUUCAUCUUCAAUGCCCUUGCUGAUGGAAUGAGGUUUUCACUCAAAAUCUCACGAUACAUGGCCCCAUUCAUUCUUUCCUUUACACGGAUUAGUCGUCCUGGUCCCUUUGCAGAAAAACAGCCCCAAAGCAUGAUGUUUCCACCCCCAUGCUUCACAUUAGGUAUGGUGUUCUUUGGAUGCAACUCAGCAUUCUUUGUCCUCCAAACACGACGAGUUGAGUUUUUACCAAAAAGUUAUAUUUUGGUUUCAUCUGACCAUAUGACAUUCUCUCAGUCCUCUUCUGGAUCAUCCAAAUGCACUCUAGCAAACUUCAGAUGGGCCUGGACAUGUACUGGCUUAAGCAGUGGGACACGUCUGGCACUGCAGGAUUUGAGUCCCUGGCGGUGUAGUGUGUUACUGAUGGUAGGCUUUGUUACUUUGGUCCCAGCUCUCUGCAGGUCAUUCACUAGGACCCCCCGUGUGGUUCUGGGAUUUUUGCUCACCGUUCUUGUGAUCAUUUUGACCCACAGGGUGAGAUCUUGCGUGGAGCCCCAGAUCGAGGGAGAUUAUCAGUGGUCUUGAUGGUCUUCCAUUUCCUAAUAAUUGCUCCCACAGUUGAUUUCUUCAAACCAAGCUGCUUACCUAUUGCAGAUUCAGUCUUCCCAGCCUGGUGCAGGUCUACAAUUUUGUUUUCUGGUGUCCUUUGACAGCUCUUUGGUCUUGGCCAUAGUGGCGUUUGGAGUGUGACGGUUUGAGGUUGUGGACAGGUGUCUUUUAUACUGAUAACAAGUUUCAAACAGGUGCAUUAAUACAGGUAACGAGUGGAGGACAGAGGAGCCCUCUUAAAGAAGAAGUUACAGGUCUGUGAGAGCCAGAAAUCUUGCUUCUUUGUAGGUGACCAAAUACUUAUUUUCCACCAUAAUUUGCAAAUAAAUUCAUAAAAAAUCCUACAAUGUGAUUUUCUGGAUUUCUUUCCCUCAAUUUGUCUGUCAUAGUUGACGUGUACCUAUGAUGAAAAUUACAGGCCUCUCUCAUCUUUUUAAGUGGGAGAACAUGCACAAUUGGUGGCUGACUAAAUACUGUUUUUCCCCACUGUACAUGUACAGUGAGGGGGAAAAAGUAUUUGAUCCCCUGCUGAUUUUGUACAUUUGCCCACUGACAAAGAAAUGAUCAGUCUAUAAUUUUAAUGGUAGGUUUAUUUACAUUUUUACAUUUUAGUCAUUUAGCAGACGCUCUUAUCCAGAGCGACUUACAUGAGCAAUUAGGGUUAAGUGCCUUGCUUAAGGGCACAUCGACAGAUUUUUCAACUAGUCGGCUCGGGGAUUAGAACCAGCGACCUUUCGGUUACUGGCACAACGCUCUUACCCACUAAGCUACCUGCCGCCCAACAGUGAGAGACAGAAUAACAAACAAAAAAAUCCAGAAAAACGCAUGUCAAAAAUGUUAUAAAUUGAUUUGCAUUUUAAUGAGGGAAAUAAGUAUUUGACCCCCUCUCAAUCAGAAAGAUUUCUGGCUCCCAGGUGUCUUUUAUACAGGUAACGAGCUGAGAUUAGAGCACACUCUUAAAGGGAGUGCUCCUAAUAUCAGCUUGUUACCUGUAUAAAAGACACCUGUCCACAGAAGCAAUCAAUCAAUCAGAUUCCAAACUCUCCGCCAAGACCAAAGAGCUCUCCAAGGAUGUCAGGGACAAGAUUGUAGACCUACACAAGGCUGGAAUGGGCUACAAGACCAUCGCCAAGCAGCUUGGUGAGAAGGUGACAACAGGUGGUGCGAUUUAUUUGCAAAUGGAAGAAACACAAAAGAACUGUCAAUCUCCCUCGGCCUGGGGCUCCAUGCAAGAUCUCACCUCGUGGAGUUGCAAUGAUCAUGAGAACGGUGAGGAAUCAGCCCAGAACUACACGGGAGGAUCUUGUCAAUGAUCUCAAGGCAGCUGGGACCAUAGUCACCAAGAAAACAAUUGGUAACACACUACGCCGUGACGGACUGAAAUCCUGCAGCGCCCGCAAGGUCCCCCUGCUCAAGAAAGCACAUAUACAGGGCCGUCUGAAGUUUGCCAAUGAACAUCUGAAUGAUUCAGAGGAGAACUGGGUGAAAGUGUUGUGGUCAAAUGAGAGACAAAUCAAGCUCUUUGGCAUCAACUCAACUCGCCGUGUUUGGAGGAGGAGGAAUGCUGCCUAUGACCCCAAGAACACCAUCCCCACCGUCAAACAUGGAGGUGGAAACAUUAUGGUUUGGGGGUGUUUUUCUGCUAAGGGGACAGGACAACUUCACCGCAUCAAAGGGACAAUGGACGGGGCCAUGUACCGUCAAAUCUUGGGUAAGAUUUGCCCUCAGCCAGGGCAUUGAAAAUGGGUCGUGUAUGGGUAUUCCAGCAUGACAAUGACCCAAAACACAUGGCCAAGGCUACAAAGGAGUGGCUCAAGAAGAAGCACAUUAAGGUCCUGGAGUGGCCUAGCCAGUCUCCAGACCUUAAUCCCAUAGAAAAUCUGUGGAGGGAGCUGAAGGUUCGAGUUGCCAAACGUCAGCCUCAAAACCUUAAUGACUUGGAGAAGAUCUGCAAAGAGGAGUGGAACAAAAUCCCUCCUGAGAUGUGUGCAAACCUGGUGGCCAACUACAAGAAACGUCUGACCUCUGUGAUUGCCAACAAGGGUUUUGCCACCAAGUACUAAGUCAUGUUUUGCAGAGGGGUCAAAUACUUAUUUCCCUCAUUUAAAAUGCAAAUCAAUUUCUUAACAUUUUUUACAUGUGUUUUUCUGGAUUUUUUUUGUUGUUAUUCUGUCUCUCACUGUUCAAAUAAACCUACCAUUAAAAUUAUAGACUGAUCAUGUCUUUGUCAGUGGACAAACGUACAAAAUCAGCAGGGGAUCAAAUACUUUUUUCCCUCACUGUAUAUGUUCCUGCUACUAUUUUGGUAACUUACUUCAGUCCUAUAAGUCUUGUUCCAAGGGAAAUGGAAAUGGCAACAGUUGACUAUACUGUAGUCCUACCUUGUUUCCCUGAGGAGACAAUUUCUACUUUUUCUCUUCCUCUUUCGGUUCUCUCUAUCCACUCUUUCUAUUCUAUCCUUUAUUUCCAGCUGGACUGACACGGGUGUGCUCACAGGGAAAUCAUUCAACUUUUGCACUGUUGUUCACAGUCCCAGAACUACACUUGGAUAUAUAUUUUUUUACAUCUAGAAUUAUUUUUUAAAUAUUUUUUUUUUUACCUUGUUACAUUCAUCUACAUUGGCAUGAAAUAAGUUGUGAUGCUAUAGUUAGCCAAGUCUAAAUAUAUCCAUGGGGCAUUAGUAAGUAUGUAGUAGUGACCGACUGCCACAUGUCAACCCUCAGUGCUAUGCAUCACGGCAGUAUGAUUCCUCCUGAUUUUGACUCUGUGUCUGACAGAUGGGAAACUGGAAGUAGUGAUUAGAUGCUGGCUUAGAUGCUCCCUAACAAAGUCACACUUUCUUUACUGUAGCAGAGUCAGUUAAGUUCAAACCCAAACAUCAUGUAGGCCUAUAUUUACAUAGUUUUAGUGACGAGCAUCCCAUUUUGUGACUUCCAAUUAGUUGAAGUGAUCAUCUGUGGAUAUGUUAUGUUAUAUUUUGCAUGUUUGUUUAUUCUCUGUAUCUCCUGUGUUGUAACUUCCCACCCCUAGUGUCGAGCCCUUGCCAAGCGUCUGGCUAUCGCAGAGAAGUCACGGGAGACUCUGACGGAGGACGUCAAACUGGCUAAUCAGAACAUCACAUGUCUGCAGGUAAACAACAACAUCUGUUGUCUGACUGCCAGACUGAAAGAAACCAGCAUAUCCCAGAUCCAUUCUCUCACACACAGUAUACAUUCAGCUCCAGAGAUGUUAGAUCGGGUCCAAGUCCAGGCUCUGGCUGGGCCACUCAAGGACAUUCAGAGACUUGUCCCGAAGCCACUCCUGCGUUGUCUUGGAUGUGUGCUUGGGGUCAUUGUCCUGUUGGAAAGUGAACCAUUGCCCCAGUCUGAGGUCCUGAAUGCUCUGGAGCAGGUUUUCAUCAAGGAUCUCUCUGUACUUUGCGCCGUUCAUCUUUCCCUCGAUCCUGACUAGUCUCCCAGUCCCUGCUGCUGAAAAACAUCCCCACAGCAUGAUGCUGCCACCACCAUGCUUCACCGUAGUGAUGGUGCCAGGUUUCCUCCAGACGUGACGUUUGGCAUUCAGGCCAAAGAGUUCAAUCUUGGUUCCAUCAGACCAGAUAAUCUUGUUUCUCAUGGUCUGAGAGUCUUUAGGUGCCUUUUGGCAAACUUCAAGCGGGCUGUCAUGUGCCUUUUACUGAGGAGUGGCUUCCGUCUGGCCACUCUACCAUAAAGGCCUGAUUGGUGGAGUGCUGCAGAGAUGGUUGUCCUUCUGGAAGGUUCUCCCAUCUCCACAGAGGAGCUCUGGAGCUCCUCAGAGGAACAUCUCCUCUGAUUGCUCAGUUUGGCCGAGUGGCCAGCUCUAGGAAGAGUGUUGGUGGUCCCAAACUUCUUCCAUUUAAGAAUGAUGGAGGCCACUGUGUUCUUGGGGACCUUCAAUGCAGCAGACAUUUUUUGGUACCGUUCCCCAGAUCUGUGCCUCCACACAAUCCUGUCUCUGAGCUCUACGAACAAUUCCUUUGACCUCAUGGCUUGGUUUUUGCUCGACAUGCACUGUCAACUGUGGGACAUUAUAUAGACAGGUGUGUUCCUUUCCAAAUCAUGUCCAAUCAAUUGAUUUUACCACAGGUGGACUCCAAUGAAGUUGUAGAAACAUCUCAAGGAUGAUAAAUGGAAACAGGAUGCACCUGAGCUCAAUUUCGAGUCUCAUAGCAAAGGGUCUUAAUAUUUAUGUAAAUAAGGUAUAUCUGUUUUUAAUUUUUAAUAAAUGUGCAAACAUUUCUAAAAACCUGUUUUCGCUUUGUCAUUAUGGGUAUUGUGUGUAGAUUGAGUAUUUCUUUUUUUUUCCUUCAUCAAUUUUAGAAUAAGGCUGUAUCAUAACAAUGUGGAAAAAGUCAAGGGGUCUGAAUACUUUUCGAAUGCACUGUAUGUGAAAAUUGCGCAUUUCUAUGUUUUGUAGUAAAAAAGAGAGGAAAAUAAGUGUUUCCAAUGACAUCGGUGUGCAUCGUGUGAUUUUAACCAAUUAUGAGUAGUUGAUGUCAUUUUCCUCCUAUUUUUUACUACAAAACAUAGAAACGUGACAUUUUGACAUAUGUUGAUGUUUGGGUGGUACUGGCUCUACCUAGCCACAACAUGUUCCUUUUCUUACAGGAUGAGCUAGCCACGACCAAGAGGAGUUACAAGGAACAGCUCAGUAUGAUGAGCGACCACUUGUGCAGCAUGAACGAGACCCUCAGCAAACAGAGAGAGGAGAUCGACACACUCAAACUGGGCAGCAAGGUAUAGAGUCCCCUCACACCCCACUCACUUCCUACAAACUGUAUGUUGACUGCUACUAUAUUGAUGAGGUCUUUCUUGCAAAACAGAUUUGAUCUCUUUGAGACUAACCUUGAUAAGUUAAGGUUCAAUAAAAAAUGUCACUCACUGGCCCACACAGCAAGAGAAGCAGUACUAGGUCAGGUUAUGCUGACAUGCUGUGUAGACAUAUCCCAGUAACAAACUACUGUCCAUUGUGAGGGGAGCCGGGAUGUGCCAGUGGGGGAUGGGGGGCCAGUGGGGGAUGGGGGGGACAGCAGGGUCUGAUAGGAAAAGCACCUGCUGGAGUCUGAGGCUGACAUCUGAACAAUUCAUUACUGUUUGGCUGGGCUGCUAAAGUAGAUGAAGAGGCCUUCUGUUAAAACUCACUUCUCUUAAAACACUUCUGAAAUGAGAGUGCAUGUGGGGCAGUUUCAGGACAGAAGGCGUGUAUAAGUUCUGAGGGUAUGGAUUUCACCAAACCUAGCUAUUGUGUGUGAAUGUCAGCACUUGACUGCCACCACAAGCCAAUUCAACCUGAAUACAAUCCAAGUGUAAAGAAAUAAAACGACGACAUGAUUAGCUGUGAGUGAAACUCUAGAAUGGAACGAACAAUGUUUCAAAACCAAGACACAUUCAUGGGGUUUCUUUCAUGAGUGAUCACUGGUCACGUACUAACACCACAAUCUUAUUCAAAGAAGGGCUACCCCAAAUGAAGUUACUGCAUGUCCAAAUGCCAUUACUAUCUCCAGAUUACAGUACCAGAGCAGAAGUGUUGAGACUUGGACUAGCUCUCCUGCUUUUGCUUUAUCGUUUUAAUGUUAAUUAAAAAGUGUAUUGUGAGUCUUAGUUUACCAUGCAUGAUAUAUAACUUCACCUCAUUCUGCCUUUUCCAGGGAAACUCCAAACUCCUGAAGAAGGGUCGGUAG